AUGCCGAAACGGACGUCAUUUGACAAACGUGAAUUGGUUUUGAAACUACACAAUGAAGAAGCUAAACGCAAUCCUGGGCGAUCUACGAAAACGAUUCAGUGUAUUGAUAAAAUGAUUAAAAAAAAGGCUGCCUCAGAUGUGAAGAAAAAUACUGCUAUUAUUGCACGUGAAUUACAUGAAGAAAAUGUAGCUGACAACAUCAGAGCUGGACUGUUGAAGACUAGAAAAAAGUGCUGUUUUCGGAUGGAACUAAAAUCAAUUUAUUUGGAAACGAUAGGAGAAGAUAUGUUCGAUAACCUAAAGAAAGGCGUUGAUCCAAUUUUCAAAAUUGACGGCAUUAUGGACUCUACCAAGUAUAGAGACAUUAUAUUAGAAGUAAUGCUGCCUUAUGCACGUAAAAAUAUGCCAAGACCAUGGAUCUUUCAGCAGGAUAAUUAUCCAAAACAUCGAUCGCAGCUCGUUCAACAAGUUUUUAUUCAGAAAAAAAUCCAAGUUUUAGAGUGGUCAAGUCAAUAUCCGGAUUUACAUCCUGUAGAACACUUAUGGCAAGAAUUAAAAUUAAAAAGAAGGACUGAAACUUGUGCAAAUAAAGCUGAUUUCUGGGAAAAAGUUCAAGAAGAGUAG